AUGGCGUCGAGUGAUGCUGAGCAGAGCACUCAACCAAGGCAGCGUAUCACGACAAUUGUGCUGGCUGCGCUGGCCAUUUUCUUUUUGAUUCUCCGACUGCUCGCCCGGAGAGUAAAGCAGAUUGAUUUGGGCGCCGAUGACUGGACUCUGAUUGCUGGCUUGGUCGGGGUUCUAGUUGUUGCAGGUGUCAACCUUGCGUGUGUCCAAUAUGGUAUGGGUAAACACACCGACACCAUACCCGAGAACAGAGCAAUUAUGUAUUAUAAGCUGCUCUAUGUUUUCGAGCCACUUUAUAUCACCACGGCCGGCAUCAUAAAAAUAUCGGUCCUCCUCAUGUACCGUCGGAUAUUUCCAGUCCGCUAUAUCAAAGUCGGCUGUUAUAUCCUUGGAGCGAUCACCAUUGCUUGGGUCAUUUCCAUUGAUCUCCUUGCAAUUUUCCAGUGCACUCCGAUUUCUAAAGCGUUCAAUCGGGCACUUCCAGGUCAUUGCAUCGACCUCAAAGGUGCGCUUAUUGGUAACGGUGCGCCAAAUUUUGUGACGGACAUAUUUAUUCUGGCCUUACCGGUCAGGCUCAUCUGGCGCCUACAAGCAAGCUUGUGGCAGCGCUUGUCGGUCAUAUGUGUGUUCUUGACUGGAAGCUUUGUCGUAUUUGCCAGUAUCUAUCGCUUCAGCCUCAUUUUCCAAUUCGAAAUUACCGACAUCGCCUGGACACUCGCUGAUGCACAAACUUGGUGCGUGGUCGAAAUUGCGGCUGGAAUUAUCUCGGCUUGUCUACCAACAACGACUCCUCUUGUCAGAAUUUGCACCAGUGGGCUUGUUUCUAAAGUUCGGACAUUAUCGAGAUCCAACCUCACGCGAGGCGAGGAUGAAACCGCGCGAACAAUUACCGUUAAAGACGAUGUCAUAAUCGAGACAGAUAAUGCACAUCGCGCCAUGAAUGCAAGUUAUGCAUUGUCGGAAAUGAGUCCUGGUACUCGAGGAAGUUUGCAUCUGAAGGGCAAAGGGUGGACGAUGAUAACCGCCGAUCACGAUAAAGAUUCAGCCUAA